AUGAUCAUAUUAUUAUCAAACUGUACGGCGUACUUCGUGGAGACUCUGUCUCUCACAAAUCUGACUACAUUAGACCUAUACGGUUAUUAUGGCACGGUUGGUUCCGGCCGGUUAGGUUCCAGUCAUCUCCCAACCGUUUCCUGCAAACUUCGAGCUGAAAACGGUCAGGAACUGAUCAAAUAUUUCCUCUGCAAUUCCGACCGGAAUCCGGUGGUAAGGAACCUGCCGGAACUUGCUGGAAUCGGCGAAAACUGUGCCGGAAUCGAGAAGAGCUCUAUUGGAACCGACUCAGAUUUCAACGGAUCCAGUCGCUGGAAUGAUCGACCUGGGGUACCAUUAGAUCAUCAUAGAAAUAAGGACGAUGGUAUUCGUGAUUGUUUAUCUUACGUACUUGAGCAAGUAGUCGAACUCGUCAACGUUACUGAUGUAACAAUGAUUGAUCGAGCUACCGAUCAUAGUGGAACAGAUAAGACAGAUGAAUGCAGUUUAUUACAUACAUUAUUGUGA